AUGAAGGAGAACUUGGCUGAGAUGGCGCGUAUGGCACUUGGGUUGGUACCAGGUCAGUCGUCCUCAUCGACGUCCAGUGGUGCAUCGGAAGCUUCAACCGGUACCGGCAGUCUCGGUAGCAGCGAACAGUCCACCUCCACGUCCGGUGGUCACAUAGUGAGUGCGGUGGCAAAGCGUGGCCGUCUGUUGAUCCGUCAGCAGCGCAUCAAGAAGGAAAGCGAUUCAUCCUCAAUCGGUCAGCAACCGUACGAACCGGAUACGCCGUCGGAUGACAACAGUCCUACGGCACAGUACGGCCAUCAGCAUCUGCUCACCGUGCCGUCACACCAUCGCUUUGAGCGCCAAGUGUCCGAACCAAUCCUGCCACUAUCGUCGUCCAUUUCCGUGAUUGGUGGACCGAUCGGAUCGUCGGGUGAGAGCCGCCAUGGUGCGGGUGAUCGACCGCACGGCCAUUUGCUUUCCGUACCUACCAGCCAGCAACCGUACCUUGUUAAGCAACACUCGCAUCCACUGUUACCAAGUCAAACAUCAGCCAGCGGUCACAGUGCGGGUGGAACGUUCGAACCACUGCAAGCGUAUAACCUGCAACGGCAGCUCUCUCAUCCUGGUACGGGACAGCGUGGUAAUUCGACACCUUUGACACUGGUUACGAGCAGCAGCGGUUCUACACACUACCUAACGCCAUCGUCCUCAUUGAAGACGGACUCGGAUGAGGAAUCGGGUACACCGACAAGCGCGAUUCCAACGAUUCAGCUACAAUCGAGCGUAGAUCGUACCGGUUCUUCCGGUCCGACGGUGGUGAUUGUACCGGCCGAACCGAUACAAACCGCCUCGUGUGGUUCUUCCGUAAGUGUCGUUAGCAAUGCUAGCGAUCAGCAGUCAAAUCCUACCACCAUCACGUCCGCACCGACCAGUACAAUUCGCGUUAAGGGUGAAGAGCUUUCCCGGUCGAUAUCAACCCCAUUGACCUCAUCCCGCUCCACCGACAUACCGGGGCUGGAUAAUCCUCGCUCGAGUCACUGUCCGGUGGUACGCGAAGGACCGGCUCUCGGGUGUAAUUUCUGCUGGAACACGAUCGAUGCGCACGGGCGUAUCUUGCGCCGCAAAACCAAGUACCACUGUCCGGAGUGUCAGACGAAUCUGUGCAUCGUGCCCUGCUUCCAGGAGUAUCACGAACGUCAGUCGGCUGAAAAUCCGACCCCAACCAACGACAGUGGCGGUGGUGGUGGCACUGGUGGGACAAAAUCCAGCCUACGGCAUUACGCCAAAUCGGGCUCGAUGUAA